GGGGGCACCGGGGGUAAGAGGAUUUCCUGCUCCCUCUUAAGGCUCGGUCCUCGCCCGGCGCUGCUCCUGCCCAGCGGCCCCGAUGCCGCGCAGCCGAGGGGACAAGGGGACCCCCAAGGGCACGGGCAAGGACGGGGACAAAGCCGCCCCCCCCCGGCCCCCCGAGGACGGCGGCAGCCGGAGCCCGGGGGCCGAGCCCCGGCACAGCGGGCACGGGAACCGGAGCGGGAGGAAGGGGGCCGGGGACCCCCAUGCGGCCGCCGCCAAAACGUAUUCGCCCUUCCUGAACACGGUGUUCGGCAAGGAGAGGGAGCUGUCACCGGAGGAGCUGGAUGAGCUGCUGGACGCCUUCAAGGAGUUCGACACGGACCAGGAUGGGUUCAUCAGCUACAAGGACCUGGGCCCCUGCAUGCGCACGCUGGGGUACAUGCCCACCGAGAUGGAGCUCAUCGAGAUCUCCCAGCACAUCAAGAUGAGGAUGGGCGGGCGAGUGGACUUUGAGGACUUCGUGCAGAUGAUGGGCCCGAAGCUGCGGGAGGAGACGGCUCACAUGGUGGGCGUGCGGGAGCUCCGGAUCGCCUUCCGAGAGUUCGACGCGAACGGGGACGGGGAGAUCAGCAGUGGGGAGAUGCGGGCGGCCAUCGCGGCGCUGCUGGGCGAGCAGCUCAAGGCGCACGAGGUGGAUGAGAUCCUGCAGGACGUGGACCUCAAUGGGGACGGGCGCGUGGACUUCGAUGAGUUCGUUAUGAUGCUGUCGUCCCGGUGAUGAAGCCUGGGGACAAGGCGGGACCCCCCCUCCCUCCCCACAACCCGCCCCUGGUCCUGCCCAGCCCCAGCUCGCUGCCAUCAGUAGGGGUCAGAGUGAACAACCGGAGCCGAGCCUGCAAUGGGCAAUGGGGCAGGGGUGGGACCCCGAUGGGGGCGAUGGCAGGGCUCGGGAC